CAGGAUCAAUAAACAAUUGUACUUGGUCCGAACUGAGUUAGCAUCAUACACAAUGAAUUUUUUUACGGUAGCGGUGUUGGUUUUGGUCGCGAAUUCCGUGAAUGUUACCAAAGCGAAAGUUCCAUCCGUAUUCGGUGUGUUUUUUUCAAAUUCUAAAACAGAAAACAAGGAUAAUAGUGUUGAAAACGACGAAACAAAGGAUUAUUCAGUGAUUAAUGAUGAAUUUACCAAGUUGAGGAUAGAAUAUAUCAAGAACCAGAUUUUGAAGAAAUUGCGACUGAAAGAAAAACCUACAAUAACAAUAUCUGAAUUACCCAAACCGGUUAAAGAGUAUGAAAGUCUCCUUCCAAGUCAAGAUAUGAGUAUGCAAAGUAGCUAUUCGGACGAUUUUUAUGGAAAAACGACACAAGCCAUUGUUUUUCCUUAUGAAGAUGAAGCCCGUUGUUGGAGAACGAUCCGUUUUCCUUCUGCGUGUUUACCUUUUCAAAUGCCAAAUGAUAUUCAUACUUCGGAAGUGGCGAUGGCAGAAUUGUGGUUUCACAAAGAAAAAGAUUUUUUAGAUGAACAUAAUCAAACUUUUGUUAUAUACGAAGUUGCCCAUUGGGAUACAAAAAGAAGCUUUCAGAAAACGACGCCUAUUGCCAUUACAGAAACGAGCCUCACUGAGGGAUGGUUAAAAGUUGAUUUAACUUACGUAGUGAAGAAUUGGCUGGAUUUUCCUGAUUUUCCAGUUCAUGCCGUUAAUGUAGUUUGUAAAACAUGUGGAAUGGAUAAAGGAGGGUCACCAGUAUCAUUUACCAACGAGUUGAAACCAUUUUUAGUAAUAUAUACUCAUACCCAACAAAGAAGGACGAUUACGCAUAGACGACAAAGAAGAUCCGCAAACUGUGAUUCUGGAAUAACAGAAUGUUGCAGGGAAAGUCUUUACAUUUCAUUUGCGGACAUCGGUUGGGAUGAUUGGAUAAUUAAGCCAGAAGGAUAUAAUGCUUAUUUCUGUAAGGGUUCUUGUACAACAGCUGCAGCCAUGACUCUUAGUGCCACUCAGCAUAAUAGUAUACUACAAAAAGUUAUGAAUGGUCAUAAAAAACGAAGAGUAGCAGGACCCGAAAUAACACCAUGCUGUGCUGCAAUUCAGUUUCAGCCCCUACAGUUAGUGUAUAUGCAUAGCAAUAAAACUUUAACGACGAAACUCUUAUCUAAUAUGAUAGUGGAUAGUUGUGGGUGUAUGUAGCAAUAAUCAAAGAACUUAUUAGUUUCUUGACAGUAUUGAGAUUCUAGUGAUAUCUGAAGGUCCCAGUGAAUACAUUUAUCAAUGUUUCAAAUAUAAAUGGCUAUUGAUGCUGUUGAUGCGUGAUUGUAGUAUUGAAAGAUGUGAGACUGCUUCGAAUUUCGACAUGUACAUUAUCAAAUUUUCAAGUAAAAAUUAUGGUACAACUUUACUUUGUUCUAAAACUCCUCAACAUUCAUAUAAUGAUGUGCGUCACGAUCUUUUCUUUCAAAUGUAUAUUAUGUCAUAUAUGUAAUAAUCCUAUAUGGAUAGUAAGUAUGGGAAAAAACGUCAAUACGUUACGGUGAUGAUGAUCUCUCUCGUUCAAGACACUUUAUCUAUACUACGCAUGCUUGAGAAUGCCCAGAAUGGAGCUGAAAACUCGGAGGAUAGAGAAAUCGUUGUCAUUCUGUCUUCCUUAGUCGGAAGAGCUUCCACUUAUAGAAACUGUCCAUAUAGGAGUAUUACAUAUAUGCAUUAUGUGAUAAAUCUCUGUAUGAAUUUUAUUUAUGUUUUUAGAACAAAAUCUAAAAGUUGUCUCAGGGAAUCCUCAGGUAUAAAAUGUUGAUACUUUGUGUCUAUUAGAACUUUCUGUUUUUUGAAAGCUUAAGACUUUUUAAUUUAAAAAGAGUGAACGUUUAUGGAAGGUAUUUCGAUUACGAAACUGUCGUUAAUGUAAUUGGAAUUUCAUAAAAAUGUGUUCUUUCAAGUGAGUGUGAUAUUAGAAUAAUAGGAGAUUGUUUGGAGCUUAUUUAUUUAUAUGUAUAUGCUAGGAAUAGUUAGUGUAUUAUUUAUUUAAUGACAAUAAAACAUGUAUUAAGAACUAUAACAAAUUGUAUUUAGAAAUAUAUUAAAGAAAUUA